GUGAGUAGUGCGACUACGAUCGUGCGCUGUGCGCUUCGCGACAGCUCGGCUCAUUCGGCUGUAUCGCCGAAUACAACUGCCGACACUUCGGAGGCUCUAGCAGAACUGUCAGUGUCCGGUCCGUUUUAUUCUGUUUCUCCCUACGACGGUUUUUGUUUCACCUCUGCCACCCUUCUGCGCGAGAAUGCGAAACCGCGGACGAACGUAGGACACGAGUCUCCUUCCGAGGAAGGUACGGCGGCAGAAAGACGUAUGCCUGCUCCGCGAACAGGCCGCGGUUAUGUUUUUCGAUGGAGAGUACUUUAGCGACAAUGGCAGCAACGUCCCCGUCGAAGAGGAGACUGCAGAAGGAGUUGAUGUCUUUAAUACGUGAGCCUCCACCAGGUGUACACGUUGAUGCAGAGUUGGCUGGACAAAAUUUGACGCAAUGGAUCGUCCACAUGGAAGGUGCCAAGGGCACGCUGUACGAGGGGGAACAAUUUCAGCUUCAAUUUAAGUUUAGUUCAAAAUACCCGUUUGAUUCGCCAGAAGUGACUUUUAUUGGUGAAAAUAUCCCUGUACAUCCACAUGUCUAUAGUAAUGGUCAUAUUUGUUUAUCCAUAUUAACGGAAGAUUGGUCUCCUGCUCUCAGUGUGCAAAGCAUCUGCCUGAGUAUCAUUUCCAUGUUAAGCAGCUGUAAAGAAAAGAAGAGACCACCUGACAAUACAUUUUAUGUGAAAACUUGCAACAAGAAUCCAAAAAAGACAAAAUGGUGGUAUCAUGAUGACAGUGUCUAACAUUGAAGAUCAUA